GGUUGUGACUCUUUUUCUUUCCCUCCCUCCCUCUCUGGCUGCUCCAGUUAUCUACAGCCCAGCCUGUCGAUGGACUCACUGUGACUCACGCAUGUUUCUCUCUUUUGUACUUAGUAGCCGAUUUGAGAACUGACUUGUUGUUUAGUGUCGGUGAGGAGUUCAAGGGGAGGCAGACGUUGGUCCUUGUUACAACUCUGGACGACAUGAAGCGGAGGGAAUAUAAUUCAAGGCCAAUGCUGAACAGACCAUCACUUGGAUUCUUCAAGCACCACAUCAAGAGAGAGUUAUUCAGGGUCUCGCAGAGGAAAUGGUAUCGGAGCAACAGAGAGACAAAGAUCGGUCGACUAGCUCUCGGGGUAAUGAGCAGUGUGUGAACUUGUUAACUCUGCCUGUUCUGUCUGACCUUAAUUUAAACUAAGGAUUAGCCGUCUGAUCAGAGUUCUUGGGGAGAAGCCAAGGCUUGUUUUGCCCCGAGCAUACUCAAAAAGGAGGAUUGGGAAGGAAACAAGCUGCUCAUUCCCUCGGAGAAAUAUUUUUUACAUAUUUCUUUUGGCAAGGAACUUGAAGCGAUUAAAAAAAAUAAAGCUUAUUUAUUUGGACUGACUUCAAGACAAGAAAAGCACACUGCAUUUUAAAUGUCUUGCUGUAAUUGAUUUGGAUCUAUAGCUCAGCCCAGGAGCAUGCUGUUUAUCUACCUGAAGUGAGCUCAUCAAAGGAUCCAAGAACAUAUUGAUGAUCUCCGUCUUCUAAGGAAAUGGAGCUGCGUAAGAGAGUAAAGCUGAGGAAACUUCAACACACUUUGGGCCUUUCCCAAGAUGCAUCAGCUGCAGGGAGAUGCCGCAGUAACAUAUGGGGGGCAGAGAGAUCUCAUGCCUCACAGCGAGGUACAGGAGGGGUUUCCCUGCUGGGAGGAUCCGGUGCUUGUUCCGGUUCAGAGAUUCUACCCUGGCGACAGUGUGUUUCCAUGGCAGUCGGUCUGUUAUUAGCCGGGCUGCUGGCACUGGCUCAGGCCUGGUGCGUCAACGCCAUACACGAGAAUCUGCUGUGGUUCUCUCAGCUCACGGAAGUUGAGCGCGAGAUCUCUUUCCGGACAGAGUGCGGACUCUACUACUCGUACUACAAGCAGAUGCUGCAGGCCCCGUCCAUACAGGAAGGUCUCUCAGAUUUGAUCCAUGACAACUUGACAGAAUCCAAGAGGACCAUUAAUCUCCUUCAGCGGAUGAAUAUAUACCAGGAGGUCUUCCUCAGUGUUCUCUACAGACUGUUGCCGAUACAGUCGUAUCUGGAGCCAGUGUAUUUCUACAUCUACACAGUGUUCUCGCUCCAGGCGGUGUAUGUGAUUGCUCUGUACCUCACUGCAUGGCUCCUGUCGGGCUCCUGGCUGGCCGGCACCCUCACCGGGGUCUGGUACAUCCUCAACAGGGUGGAUACCACUCGUGUGGAGUUUACCAUCUCGCUCAGAGAGAACUGGUCGAUGCCCUUCCUUGCGCUGCAGGUCACCGCUAUCACAUGCUACCUCAGGCCUCAGCUCACAGACCUACAGCAGAAGGUGAUGGUGUGGUUGAUGUAUGUGACGACGUUUUGCUUCUGUCUGACGUGGCAGUUCAACCAGUUCAUCCUGCUGGUUCAGGCUCUCAUCAUAUACAGCCUGGACUGUCUGGACUUCCUAACAACCUCACAGGUGACUACUCUGUACCUGGUUCAAGUGAGCAGUAUGCUGAGUGUAUGGCUCCUCCAGUUCUGUAACUCCAUGAUCCUGGGAUCACUGGUGCUGAGCUUCAUCGUCGCCACACUCUUCGUCAGACACUGUCAGUCUGGUCUGAAAACAGGAAGUCCGCUCGUCCGUCUGGGCAAACUGCUCCUCCACAGUGCCAUGGUCCUCUUCCUCACCGUCACCAUCAACUACCUGGCCAAGAAAGCACUUCAGCUCAGAUCAGACGAACACAUCUUUAAAUUCAUCAAGUCAAAGUUUGCCCUGGGGCCAACAAGGGACUUUGAUGCCAGUCUGUAUCUGUGUGAGGAGGCGUUCGGCCUGCUGCCCUACGACACUCUGGAGCGCCUGGCUGGCACCCUGCUGCUGUACCCCUACGUCCUCACCCUGCUGCUGCUCAGCGGGACGCUGGCAGUGGCUGCUCUGCACAACCUCAGCAGACCUAAAGGAGGUGCGGCCGAGGAGAGGAAAGGAGUCACCGAGGGGCGAGCCGUGGCUCUCCGUCCAGAUGUGGCCUACAACCUGUUACACACACUGUUCUACGGCCUCCUGGCUUUCAGCACUAUGAGGAUGAAGUACAUAUGGACGGGCCACAUGUGUGCAGUGGCGGCCUACGGUGUGUGUGGGAAGGAGCUGUGGACGCUGCUGCUCGGCACCCUCAGGUGCACCAGUAAAGUUCUGUUAAGGCUUGUCAGAUAUGCAGUCCCGCUGCUGGUGAUCGCUUGCCUGUAUUACAAGUUCUGGCCCAAGCUGAUGGAGGAGUUAUCCGAACUGAGGGAGUUCUAUGAUCCAGACACUGUGGAGCUCAUGACCUGGAUUAGCACAAAGACCCCUAAGCGGGCUGUAUUUGCAGGCAGCAUGCAGUUGCUGGCUGGCAUCAAGCUGUGCACAGGCAGAGUCCUCACCAACCACCCCCAUUAUGAAGAUAAAGACCUGCGGGAGAGGACCAAGCAGGUGUAUCAGGUGUACGCUCGGCGCUCCCCGGAGGAAGUCUACGACAUCAUGAAGGCCAUCGGGGCCGACUAUGUGGUGCUGGAGAACAGCAUCUGCUACGAGCGGAGGCACAGGAGAGGCUGCAGACUGCGGGACCUGCUCGACCUGGCCAACGGACAUAUCAUGGACGGAGACGGGAAGAACGACCAGGACCUCGUCCCCGCCACCCACCCUCGAUUUUGCGAGGCAGUCAAGAUGGACGCGGUUUCCUACACCGCUCUGUUCACCAGAACAUUCCAGAACAAAACCUUCCAUGUGUACCGGGUCAAGAAGAAACGCACCAAGGGCUCGCCAGAGCCCAGCGCUGCUCAGCAGCCGGACCAGGAUCUGUGAGAAAAAAAGGCCAUCAGACUCCGGAAAGGGGAGAGACGGAGCAGAAGAAGAGAUAAAAGCCCUGAGUCUUCACUGCUCUUCUGUCUCCCCUCUGCGCUGGGCCCAGCUGUGAUCAUGCCCAUUAUUUUUUGAACACAUAGCUCUGUGAACUGUGCUGUUAGAGCAGAGCGCCGGCUCAGGCUGCGUUGUUUUAGUUAGCAGAGUGUAGAAGCACCUAAAGAAGCCGUGCUCUGGGCUGUUCUGCCUACCACCGCCCACCCUCGUCCUCUUACAGCCCUCCCCCAUCUCUCAUGGUGCAGAGGAGUAAACACAGGAACAAGUACUAGGCCUGUAAGCGGGGGCCUGAACACCACAAACUAAUCAUCAUCAGUUCCAUUUCAAUAUUGAUUAUGCACAUCGUCAUGAAAUGAACAAAUAUUCAGUUCAGUGCUACUUUGAAAUACUAAGCACUAUUGUUUUCUCUCAUACAGGGUAGAUUUUGGGUUCAGAGGCAUCUAAAAAGAGUUGAUUUUUAUGAAAUAUUGUUUUUAUGUCAUCAGAAUUCAAUUAGCUUGAUAACGUUAAAACGUAAUGAUUGACAUUGAAAUACACAAUACAAACGAAAUCUAAUCAUCAUCCACAGUACAAUAAGCCUAUUAAAGGAACCCAUAAAAAGGAAGGAAUAAAUAAAAGAUGAAUCAAGCUUUAGUUUUCUUAGAUGGCCAUAAAAGUCUUUUUUGGAAAGUGCAAGUUGCAAAAGACUGAUAUCAGUAAUAAAUUGAGCAGACAUUAGAGAGCAAAUAAGAGCUCAAAAUGUGUCUGUACACUUUAAUGUGCUAUAUUUGAACACUGUUGAUUCAAACUGAAGCAGCUAUGGAUGAGUUAAAGGGAAUAAGGAAAUGCUCUGACUUCUAUAUGUUCUACUUUGUCAAAACAGUUCCUAUUUAACGUGCAGUUUGAUAAGCUUCUUUCCUAGCUUUUAACUGCAAUAUUUCAGUGUUCACGGGAAUGGGUCUGUCUGUAAGCGGUCUCAGUAGCUGCUACAAAAGGGCAAAGCAAAUUAAAGUGUGUGUUUUUGAAAAGUAUUUGGUUCUAGACUACUUAAGGUAGGGCGACCAGAUUUGAGGUGGCGAAAAAGAGGACACUUGCGGUUGUUGGGGGGUGGGGGGAAGCGCCAGUCAAUUUAAGUACACGCUUAAUGGUCCUAACAGUGAAAGCCGGGCGUUUUCAUGAAUUUAUAAAACCCCCCACUUGCGAUUGUUGGGGGGUGGGGGGAAGCGCCAGUCAAUUUUUAAUGGUCCCAACAGUGAAAACCGGGCGUUUUCAUGAAUUUAUAAAACCCCCCCGGACGCUCCGGACAUGACGUAAAAAGAGGACAUGUCCGGGCAAAAGAGGACGUUUGGUCACCCUACUUAAGGGGCUAGUUGUGUAACUACUUUACCUGGCAAGCUAGCUGCUAAAACGCUAGCCGGGCGAGACAUUCUAGCGCUAGUCAGUCACUUGAAGUAUAGCUGUUUUCCCUUCCUUUGUACUCUGUUCUUUUGUUUGUCUGUAUUGCACGUUCACUAGAGUUUUUCUUGAAAAGGGAAAAUAAAAGCUUGCAGAAAUCUUGCUAGCUACUAGCUUGGUUGCUAAUGGGCCAAUUUGCAUGUAUCAUCGACUCCUGUGUUAUAAAAGGACUAUGGUUGGGAACAGAUUCUUCUCUGGGAACAGAUUCCUCUCCAUGACAACUGAGCAAACUGCCGCACAGUAGUAUUUCUGUUUAGACAAAUGUCUUGACAGUAACAGACCGUGUAAUAGCAGGCUAUCCUAUGUGCGCUCCGCUGUGUAUCAUUGAGGAAAAUCAACCAUUAGCUUGACUCAGCCGGGACUUUGUUGGCACGUUUUUUGCUCAGAAGUUGUGUCCCCGUUGUGAAAGAUUGUAUCAAUUGCCCUCCGAACACAAACCGGAAAUAACGUUGUUAGCUUCAAUUCCUCCUGGGUGGCAACCGUCUGCUCCGCCGCUUGAAAGUGUUUCUGCUGUAAAACUGAGGUCAAAGCUGGUACCAAGUGAUAUUUGUUGUUGUUGUGCUUGCUGUCGGCUCUGUGAUUCUCAUCAGCGGCAGCCUCAACCUUUUUUCACUCUUUCUUCUCAUCUCACACACACACACACACACACACACACACACACACACACACACACACACACACACACAGAGAUGAAUAAUGGAAGUGGUGGUGAGGAAAUUGCAGCAGGCUGACAACGGCGCUGAUUCCCCGCCGCAAUCCAAAAUAGUUCGUGAUGGAGAGAGAGAGGGCGGGCAACACUUGCAUAUCAAACUGAGGCUUUGUGGUUGGAAAAGAAAAGGGGGGGGGGGGCUCAUGUUUAAACAGCAGCAGAGAGCGUAUCAAAGCGUGGAUACACAAUGAUCUGAACCACUUCCUCUUUCUCUUCUUUUGAACUAAAGGGAACGUGGAGGAGAGGAGGUGAUUGAAAGGCUUGUUGGUAAUUAUUGAGGUAGGCCAGUCGGAGCUUCCUGCUACAACGAGGUGCGACACACACACCCCCACACACCCCUCCCGCAUCUGUCUAUAUUGGUACACUUGUUAAUAACAACCUCUGUCUGUGAUAAUCCGCACACUCCCGCGCAAUUGUUGUUUUGAAAGUGUUGUUGUUCGUUAACCACCUCAAUGUAAUGCAUACCAAUAGGAUCAGUGUGGCACAACAUCACUUGCCCCCCCCCCCCCCAUCGGUCGCCUUCACAUUGGAAGUUUAAUUUAGGAGAUGUCUGAUUGCUUUAUUUGAGAGCGAAGUGAUUCCAUUAUGGUUGCUUAAUAAGAGUGUACUAAUGUCAUUUUUUCCCGCAAUUCUUAAUUUCCAUACAUAUUGGGAUUAGCAGUUCAUUCGGAGGCACGCUGUCUGCAUAUGCUUUUCUUAAUUAAGAAGGGAUGAGGAAAUCCAUUAACUUGUGUGCAUAUGCAGAAUUCAGCUCAACGCUUCAUUUAGGCUCGUUUUUAGAGAACAAUUCGAAACAAAUAUGGCUACUUGAAAUCAUAUUUCUGCUUGGGAAAGGAAUAGAGUGUGAGAAUAAUAAAACAGUCACUACAGGGUUUUCUUUACAAUGACGCUUUCACUCCUGGGUCUGAAUUUCUCAAUUUCAAUUUUCCAUUAGUAUUUGUAUCUAGCGACUAUAAGGUAUGUGGACACCCUCUUAUUGUGCUUGCUUUGUUGAAACAAUUUCACCAAAAGGAUUUUUUCUUUUCCUUAAAUAUUGCAGUUUGUGGAUGUUAUUGUGAUUUUUUUCAUUAUUAUUGGUGUUUUUACUAUUAUACUUAUAUUUAUUUCUGCUGCGGUGAAUAAAAGUCAGCAGGUGGAAAGUUGUAGUUUGAAAAAACAAAGUCUGAUUUACCCAGGAUUGCUAGCAAAUUAGUCCUUCCAGAGUUGUUUUGGUGUUUCAUCCACACCCAAUGGCCGCCAACCUCCAUUCUAUUCCCUCCAAUAGAGAAGAAUUGAAAGUAAAUGAAUAAUAUGACCAAUUAGUUUUGCCCCAUUAUCCAAUAUCCGCCGAACAUUGUGACACUAAAUGUUAGUCUUCAGGCAGACAAAUAAAAAAAUAAAUAUGAAAGGUCCCCUAUUAUACUCUUUUUUAACAAUAUAUCACAGGUCUCAUAUAUACAGAACAUGUCUCUGAUUGGCUGAAACACCAAACAGAUAAUUGUAGCAUGCCAUAAACCCCUCUGUUGCAGUCCUGUUCCACAGGUGCUGAUUCUGUGUUUGUAGCUUUAAAUGCUAAUGAGCUGCUGCUGGCCACAAUGGUGCUAUAGGAAGAGACUCGGGUGAUAAGGUGGGUGUUACCUCAGUUGGUUAAUGGCUAAUGGUUACACAACCCAAAAAAACUUGUUGACAUCACAAAGUGGCCAAUGAUGGUCUUAUUUUCAGAAAGGUUUUUAUAUAGAUGGAUCAGGAUGAAAAAAGAGAGAAUAUUUUUUCUUGAAACUUUCCGAAUCUGUUAACACAGAUUGGACACAUGUUAAUGUAUAAAGUCAGUCAGUCUCGGCAACUAACUCUGUCCAGAUGUUAGUCAAACUGUGUCAAAUUGAACAUCUUGCAAAUGCCUGAGUUAACACAAUCUGUUGGCAUAAUAAAAUAGAAAUACAUUAGGCGAUGCCAACUUAGGACACAAGAAGUGUACACCAAUUCAUAUGCAUUCAUUCAAUGCAUAUUUAGUUAUAGAACACCUUUAAAGCAGUGGUUCUCAACUGGUGGGUUGCAGACCCAUUUUGAGUGGGUCGCAGUUAUGCAAGUGAAAAAAAAAAUCACGGAAAAAAGUCAAACUUUUAUUUUGAAGGCCGGAAUUUCUGAUGCUGCGCAUGCAGUAGCCGUUUGACUGGAAAUGUUGGAGACCAAAAACGGUUUUGAAAACUGCUGUCACGUAGUGAUCCAGGAUUGGCUCCAAGUCUGUCUUUUUAUUGCAUACAAAAAAAUAUGUUAUAUAUAUAUUUACUGCAAUGGUUCAAAACUUUGGGUCGUGAUUUCUUGACGAAGGAAACAAUGGGUCCUGGGGCUUGAGCUACGGUGGCCCUGAAGUGCUAGUCGAAACGAUAUUUCACAAAACACUACAACAUUUCAAAAAACACUACAACAUUUCAAAGAUUACGGAAAGGGUAUUCCUUUGGGAUAACACUCCUUGUUUGUGAUUGGACAGAGCUAGUCAGAGAAACACUGCUGUGAUUGGUUGUUUGACAGCGCUACUCUUUCCUGUUUGGUACUACUCAGCUGUGUCUGCACGAAUUUUAAACUGAUUUGGAAAGAUUAGAAGAAGAGAUGAAAGUCUUAUGGCAAUAUUUUAACAAAGGUUAUGAAGUAAUCCUCGACAUUUUGUCAACCCAUCACGACAUCAACAUGUCCGUUAGAACAGCCGCGGCCCAGAAAGAUUGAAUAAAAACCUAUUUAAGUGAUGAUCAGUCUGAAAAAUGACCGGAUACAUCCGUGUAUGUCUCUUGACACAUCAACCUGUGUGUCUGUCCGGAGAAAUGUGUUCUCUCUGCUUAGCUCUGUGUGUUUGUUGGCUUAUGUUUGUCUGCCGGACACCGGUACUCAUUUCAAGAAGAUAUUUUGAUUGUGAUAUUAGCAAUGGAGCUCAUGAAAUGUAGACCGAAGCCUGAUGUCUGCGAAAGACCGGAAAGACUAAGGAUGCAGCAAUAAGUGGCACCUUAUGGUUGUGGCAAAUGUUAGUGUUCCUCAGAAAAAAAGUGCUAAAGCCCAGUAUCCCCCCUUACUUUGAAGGCCUGUCCGUGAAAAUAUAGUCUUACAUGAAACCGGUAUUUAGUGCAAAAAAGGUUGGGGGCCGCUGCCUUAAAACCCUGAAAGUGUGAUUCAACUAUAAAUUAUAAUAUAUAUAGUACAUAUAAAGGGUGGAAAGAGUUCUGUAAUGUGUGCAUAGGAAAGACGUAGCUAUCAACAGCCAAUCACAGCAGUGUUUCUCCGGCUAGGUAUGUCCAAUCACAAACAAGGAGUGUUUUCCCUAAAGGAAUACCCUUUCCAGAAUCUUUGAAAUGUUUUAGUGUUUUUUGAAAUGUCUGUGUUUUGUGAAAUGUUGUUUCGACUUGCACUUCAGGGCACCGUAUUGACCAGUUGAGAACCACUGCUUUAAAGUAAGUCAAUAACAACUUCUUUGAGCUUUUAAAUUGUUUUUUUAAUGACGAUUAGCAACCAAUUUUAAACAUUAUUGGUCGGGGGGCUUUGGUCUCAUGGCAAUCAGUCAGUAAACCUGGCUACGGUGCUUUUUUGAAGUUCAAGAACAAGCCAACACAUUUGAGUGAUUUCAGUUGAAAACCAUGGGUGUAAACACUCUGCCUCCACUGCUUUUAAAACGUUUGGCGGCAGGGAUCUGAUCCCAUUCAACCAUGAGAGGGCUAGUGAGGUCAGACACGAAUGUUAGGUGAGAAGUUCUUGCUCUCAGUCGCCAUUCAAAUCCAUCCACAAGUUUGUUUAUGUCCACCCCGUUCAAUAAAGCCUGCCACGGUCUGUGUAGUGUUUGUUUGUUUACAGGUUCUUAUUGUAGGGUUUCCGUAUUGUUUUUAUUGUGUUUAGGGGCAUGUUGGUGCUGAAGUUUGUGUAAUAAUGUUCUUAGAUAAUUCAUGAUGAACUGCAGUCAUAAUGCAUGUGCCAGUCUUAGAAAAAAACAUUUCACAUUUUCUGGAAGAUACAGAUGGAUCCCACUGAGCCAGUGUAAAUACUUUGAAACUAUUUAUGAAUGUGAAAUGUCCACAUGGAGUUUAAGAGUCUAUAUAGCACUAGUGAUGAACUAUGGGAACAUUGGACAGGCUUUUCAUACAGGAGCUUCCUGAUACCUUUGGAUUGACUGAUGUGAGUGCACACUGAGAUAAACGCACAGCCCUGAUGCACCUUAAACGCUAUAAGAGCCACAUGUGACCCUGAAAAGCAUCACCUUCACAUGAAGUACCAUUUCUGUGUUUGGAAAUCUGUCAGUAGUGGAAACCUGCAUCUUAUGUGUUUAUUAGAACAAAUAAAUAUCGCUAUGUAUGUCAGUGCCUUGGUCAUGUUUUCCAUUUUGUUUUCUUAAAAGCCACUAAAAGUGUUACCGCUGUUUUCUACUGCAGGAUAUUUUUCAUCUCAGCAAUCAUACAAACCAUUAAAUGUUUACUCAUACUGCUUUUAAAAUUGUUCUCAUACUGAGCAUGUUGCAGCUAAGGAGGUUGGAAUGCUCUCCAAUGCCAGUGUUCAUCAACAUUAAUGUUCUAUGGCAGUUUGAUCAAUAAAAGUCUUUUUCCAAACA